AUGGAUUUCUUCUUUCCUUCGCCUCCAUCGUCGCCCAUUCAGCAUGCCGCCGAUCAGAUCAAGGUGUUGUGUGGAUCUUGCGACCGAGCCCUUUCUUCAGACUGGUUCUGCUCCGAUUGUCAUAAAAAGUGUGCUACUUGCAACCGGUUCCUGAGCUCACAAGAAUAUUGUUCUCGAUGUUGGUCGUACGAUACAUUACACAAUCUUUAUGUGCGAAAACCAUACCAGCCUCAUCCAUUUACCAUGCCGACCGAUUCCUGUUACCAGGAAAUGCCCAAAGAAACCACCGCAACCACGCCUGUCAGCAAUCGAUCGCCAUCUCCCUUUUAUUGA